GCUUGUCGUUUGAGAUAACUUUUCCUCAUUAAUAAUUUGAGCUUUAGCUUAUCAUAACGCCCAUCGGGACCAAUUCUCGACGGAUCUGCAAACUCUUUUGAUUCCAACUUCUUCCUCUCCUUGUACAAGCAGUAGCUCUUGAUUUUUUCAGACAAAGGUAUCUAAUGGGGCCCAAAGCUGGAACCUUUGUAAUAUUUUUGCUGGGUUUGACCCUUCUUUCUGACGCUAGAUCCUUCCUUCCCUCCUCCCUCUCAGAGGAAGUGUACAAGGAUGAAAAGGUUUGCAGUCUAUGUGAGGAGUAUGUUAACUCUGCUCUGAGCUACCUUGAGAAAAACGAAACACAGAGUCAGAUAUUAGAGGACCUUCAUGAUCAGUGUUCCCAUAUCCGCGGAUUUGAACAACAGUGCGUAACUUUGGUUGACUACUACCUCCCUCUCUUCUUCUUGCAUCUUGAGUCCUUUCAACCUCAUUAUUUCUGCAAGCGGUUGAAUCUUUGUGGUCACGUCGUAGCUCUUGUUGAAGAAGCUCGUCAGGAUACUUGCGAUGUUUGCCACAGGACUGUUUCUGAGAUUCUCAUCAAACUACAAGAUCCCGACACACAGUUGGAUAUAGUUGAGCUGCUUCUUAAGGGAUGCAAAUCGUUCAAAAACCACGAGUACGAGAAGAAGUGCAAGAAGUUGGUGUUCGAGUAUGGACCUUUGAUCCUCGUGAAUGCAGAGGAAUUCCUAGUGAAAAACGACAUCUGCACACUCUUACGCGCAUGUCCCAACCAGCAAACGGUUCUAAGGCUGCCAGCAGCAGGCUUGGCGGAUUCUUGAACAACAAGUUUGAUUGUGUAUUUGUCCAUAAGAAUUGUCGCAUAGGGUUUGUAAACUUGUUGGAUUUAGAUACAGACUCUCUCUAUCUGUCCAUUGGACCAUCACCAACUGCUUGUAUUAUACAAAAUAAAAUAUACUCUUUAUUCUUCUUUUCA